GUUCAGAAUAAAAACAUUUAACUGACUCAAAUAACAGUUUUUAACAAUUUGCGCGAUAUCUAUCGCAAGACCGUUGAAUUUAAAUGGUAAAGGCGGGAGGGAUUAAUUAUUGAAAUUACACACACAUAGCCUGGUAAUUUACCCCGCCCAACCCGGAGCACCAUCCUGGUCACUCGGCCGAUAAACGUCUUUUCCGCCACGCCAUUUUCCAUCGACAACCAAGAGGUAGAAAGCAGCGGGACAAACGCCGACCACUUAAGCAACGAAUUUCACCUCACACGAUACAGUCAUGCACCGUGACUGCCCCCUAGACUGCAAGGUCUACGUUGGAAAUCUGGGCAACAAUGGAAACAAAACAGAGUUGGAGAGGGCCUUUGGCUACUACGGUCCUCUCCGUAGUGUUUGGGUGGCCAGGAACCCCCCAGGUUUUGCUUUUGUAGAGUUUGAAGAUCCGAGAGAUGCAACUGAUGCAGUGCGGGAACUCGAUGGAAGGACGUUGUGUGGUUGCCGGGUGCGCGUGGAGCUGUCCAAUGGCGAGAAGCGCAGCCGCACCCGCGGUGCUCCCCCUUCGUGGAGCAGGCGUCCUCGAGACCGAGACGAUUACAGACGCCGUAGCCCACCAGCCAGGCGAAGAUCCCCACGCAGGAGGAGCUUCAGCCGCAGCCGCAGCAGGUCUUUCUCCAGAGACAGGAGGAGAGAGAGGUCCCUCUCCCGAGACAGGAACCAUAAACCGUCAAGAUCCUUCUCCCGAUCAAUGAGUCGCUCCAGGUCUAACGACAGAAAGUAGGAGAAAGUCUGUCAGGACAAAAGGGAGCUGAAGAUGAACGGUUUGCCCGGGCUUUGCCGUUUCAUACGUUGGACUUCAACAUGGCCCUGUGGUCAUUUGUUUUUCUGUUUUGUUUUUUUUAAUCAUGCAUUUUAGUGUCCCUCCCCUUUUCUUGUCAUGGUAAUUUUCAGUUACAGUGACCGGGCGCAUACAGGUGUGAAGCCUCACCUGUGCCUCCUGAUCCACAUCUGUGUUGUUGAUUCUGGGACAGUUGUGCUUCCCAGCAUUCCAGUUCACCAUUAAGUCUAUUUGCGUUCCGGUUUUUGUCAAUGAAUGUAUUGUGUAGUUCAACUUUGUGUGAGUAGUAGUAGUUGCUCAUUUUCACUGUGUAAAUGCCAGCAUUGUUUUAAAAGAAAGGAAUCCCCUCCCUCUGUCUGUAAAGCCAACCUAUUUUCAACUUUCUUCAUACUGAAGGUUUCCAUCUGUUUAUAAAGGAAAAAAACACCCCCAUUCAAGAUGCAGAACAGUGGCAUUGAUUAGAAAAAAACAAACAAAAGCGGUGUAAUGAACAGAAGUCUAAUUUUUGAUUUUGAAUUUUGCCAUUAUUUUUACUUUGUUUGAUACUCUGUGAAAUUGUCUUUCAAUUAAAAAUACUGGUUGGUUUAA